CAGUAUAAAAAUUUGGUAGCGCUGUCUCUCUCUGUCCGCUCUAGUCCUCUACUGCAUAGUGCAUACCUCUCCUCAUUUUAAACCCUAAUUCAAAAUUUGAGUUCAGUGAGUGUGUACUAGCAUGGAGGGCAGGCGGAGGAGUGCAAGAAUCCAGAUGUUGGAGAAAAAAGCUCCUCCUCCUCCAACGGAUAGUUCCGACCCAGAGCUAGAGGAGGGAGUGGAUGAUGGGAGUAGAAGGAAGGUUUACAAGCGAAGAAGAACGGAUAUAGCUCCCACUUCCAAACCAAAGCCAAAGACAAAGCCAAAGCCAAAGCUGCCCAAUGACGGAUCUACCGCUUCGGAUUCCAUCUCCCCAGCUGCUGUCUCCAGUGGCGCCGGCUACUAUCUAGCUCCCACUAUUGACGGGAAUGAGAAACCCCCUUCUCUCAAGGUGACGGAGACCAUUCGUCUUUUCAACAAGCAUUAUUUGCACUUUGUCCAGGAGGAAGAUUUAAGGUGUAAGAAAUUGGAAGCAGAUAAGGCGACUAAAAAUUCAAAGAAAAAUAAUGCUGUUGGCGAAGAUGAUGCAAAACGACCUUCUAAGAGACCUGAUCUAAAAGCAGUCUCUAAGAUGAUGCAGAAUAAAGAGAUAAUUAAUGCUACUAAAAGAUUUGGUGCCAUCCCAGGGAUUGAAGUUGGGCAUCAAUUUUUUUCACGAUGUGAGAUGGUUGUAAUAGGAUUCCAUAGCCAUUGGCUCAAUGGCAUUGAUUACAUUGGACAAUCCAAACAACGGGAGUUUAGCGGUUAUAGAAUGCCUCUUGCAACAGCCAUUGUAUUAUCUGGCCAAUAUGAGGAUGACCAGGACAACUAUGAGGAAGUUGUCUACACAGGUCAAGGUGGCAAUGACCUGUUAGGAAAUAAACGCCAGAUAAAAGAUCAAGUCAUGCAAAGGGGUAACCUAGCCCUCAAGAACUGCAUGGAGCAAUCUGUACCUGUUCGAGUAGUCCGUGGACACCGAUGCCCAAAUAGUUACGUGGGUAAGGUUUACACAUAUGAUGGCUUGUACCAGGUAAUAAAAUUUUGGGCUGAGAAAGGCAUAUCUGGAUUCACAGUCUUUAAAUUUCGCCUUAAACGUAUUGAAGGACAGCCUCCCUUGACUUCAAAUCAGGUUCAUUUUGUUCGAGGUCGUAUUCCAAAUUCAGUCUCUGAAAUACGAGGGUUGGUAUGUGAUGAUAUUUCUGGUGGCCUAGAGGACAUCCCCAUUCCAGCAACUAAUCUGGUUGAUGAUGAACCCAUUCCACCUCCAGGGUUCACUUAUACCAAGACUUUGAUAUGGCCCAAAGAUAUAGCUAUCCCUCCUACUGGCUCUGGAUGCAAUUGUCGGGGCACGUGUUUUGACCCUAACACUUGUGCUUGUGCAAAGCUGAAUGGUUCAGAUUUCCCGUAUGCAGAGCGAGAUGGUGGCAGGCUAAUAGAACCCAGGGCUGUGGUUUUUGAAUGUGGUCCAAAUUGUAAGUGUGGAGGUACUUGCGUCAAUCGGACCUCUCAAAGAGGACUAAAGUAUCGGCUUGAGGUCUUUCGUACUCCAAAUAAGGGGUGGGGUGUUAGAUCAUGGGAUUAUAUACCUUCUGGUGCUCCCAUUUGUGAAUACAUUGGGAAACUGAUUAAGACUGAUCAGAUAGAUCCCUCUUCUGAAACAAAUUAUGUUUUUGACAUUGACUGCUUGCAAACAAUGAAGGGUUUGGAUGGAAGAGAGAGGCGUUUGAGAGAUGUUUCAUUGCCUGAGUAUGUUGAUAAUGGUGAUGAAAAGGCUCUGGAUGCUGCACCAGAGUUCUGCAUUGAUGGGUUCUCCACUGGUAAUAUCUCAAGGUUCAUCAAUCACAGUUGUCAGCCAAAUCUUUUUGUACAAUGUGUUUUAAGCAAUCACCAUGACAUUAAACUGGCUCGAGUGGUGCUAAUGGCUGCUGAUAACAUUCCUCCACUGCAGGAGUUGACAUAUGAUUACGGGUAUGGUAUUGAUAGUGUUUUGGGUCCUGAUGGAAAGAUUAAACGAAUGCCUUGCUACUGUGGAGCUCCAGAAUGUCGGAAACGCUUGUACUAAUUCAUUUCUUUAAUAUAUACUGUAUAAUACAAUUUCAACUGUAUCUCCACCCAAUGGCUGCAUUGGCGUCCUUUUAUUUAGUACUUUUUUUCUUCUUCUUUUAAGUUUAUUGUGUAGGAAGAAUAUUGUCAUCGCUUUUUGAAAAUGUCAAAUCCCAUUGCCAUUGACUUGCA